AUGUCUGGCUUCAAAUCUAUCACCGAACAAGAAUUCCAGGAACAAAUCGUCGCCAAGUAUACCGACGUCAUUGGCGAAAAGAUCGGCGGGAAGGUUCUCGGCUUCUCCGACGAGUUCUUUGCGGAGGCUGGCAACUUGAUCAAGCCAAAGCCGCCAAUCCGCGAUGCCACCAAGUUUGUGCACUCCGGCGCCUGGUUCGACGGCUGGGAGACCAGAAGACACAACACGGAAGAGGCCGACUGGGUUGUCUUCAAGACUGGUGUUUCGUCCGCGAAACUCAUUGGGGUGGAGGUUGACACUACCUUCUUCGACGGGAACCAUGCGCCGGCUAUUUCUGUCGAAGCCGCUUCGUUGACUGGUGAUUCGUACGAAAAGGCGUCUUGGGAGCCAGUUAUUCCGUUUGUGGAGUGCGGGCCAAGCCAAAAGUUCUUCUUCGUCAGAGAUACCAUCACUGCGGCUAACUACACUCACGUGAGAUUGAGAAUGUACCCAGACGGUGGGAUUGCUCGUUUCAGAGCGUACGGGAAGGUGGUGCCAAUCUUGCCUAAGAAUGCCUCCACCAUUGUGGAUACCGCUAGUGUCAACAUGGGCGGUGUGGCGGUCGCGCGUUCCGACGCCCACUUCGGGUCUGCGGACAACUUGAUCUUGCCGGGCAGAGGCCACGACAUGAGCGAUGGCUGGGAGACCUACAGAUCCAGAAGUGAGGGUCAUGUGGAUUGGGCGCUCAUCAAGUUGGGCGGCUUGACCAAGAUCGACAACGUCGUGAUUGACACCGCCAACUUCAGAGGGAACUUCCCGCAAAAGAUCAACGUCAAGGCUAUCAAAUCCGACCAGGACCACCCAGACUUGAAUAACCCCGCUUGGGUGGAGGUGGUUGGUAACCAAAAGACCGGUCCGCACGCCGAACACACCUACAAAGUGAACAGCACCGAGACCUUCUCGCACGUGUUGUUAACCAUCAUCCCAGACGGUGGGGUCAAAAGAAUCAGAGUCAACGGUGUGCUCGUGCAGAACUAA